AUGAGAUCAUUCAAAUCAGUAGGAACAAUCAAUGAUGAAAAUAAAUUAGGAAAUAAUCAAUUGAAAUCUACAAAAUCAUUUUCAAAUACAAAUUCAAUAGACAAUAAUAAUUCAAAUGUAAAUAAUAUACUACCACAUCAUCAUAGAAGUUCAAGUCAUCAUCAUAGAGAAGCAUUAAGUGAUUUAACAUCUCAAGAAAAUCAAAAUCAACAAUAUAGAUUAAAAACUAAUAAUAAAUUACAUUCAUCAUCUUCAACUACUCAAUUACAAUCACAAUCAACGACUACAAAUUUAUUAAAUUCAAGUAAUUCAAAACCCAAAAUACAAAUAUAUCAACAACCAAAUCUUUCCAAUAACCUACGUGAAUUUAAAAAACCAAGGUUGGAGAAUGAAGAAGGAGAAUUGAUAUAUUCUGAAGAAACAGAUGAAGAUAAAGAGAAUUUUUAUGAUGAAACUAUUGAUGAAGAAGUAUAUAAUAAAUAUUUUCAUGAAUUUGAUGAUGAUAGAAAUAUCAUGGAUUCAAGACAUAUAAUAGAAGAAUUUGAAACUAUAGAUGAUGAUGAAGAAGAAGAAGAACAAGAAGAAGAAGAAGAAGAAGAAGAAGAAGAAGUCGAAGAGGAAGAAGAAGAAAAAGAACAACAUCAAUCAAAACGAUUACAACAGGAAAUAAUCAACGAUAAAUCUUCACAUUUUUCAAUGCAACCAAUAUGGAAUAAUUCAAUUAUAUUAGAAUUAAAAAGAAUUAUACGUAAAUAUUCUCGUAAUGAAUUGGAUCCAAAUGAUGAAGAUACUUAUGAUUCAACAAUGGUUGCAGAAUAUGCACCUGAAAUAUUUAAUUACCUAAGGGAGUUGGAAAAUAAAUAUGUUCCAGAUGCAAAUUAUAUGAUAAUUCAAGAUGAAUUGAAAUGGGAAAUGAGAUCAGUUUUAAUUGAUUGGGUUGUACAAGUUCAUUCAAGAUUUAAUUUAUUACCUGAAACAUUAUUCUUGACUGUGAAUUACAUUGAUAGAUUUUUAAGUAAACGAAAGGUGAGUUUAUCUCGAUUUCAAUUAGUUGGUGCAGUUGCAUUAUUUAUCGCUGCUAAAUAUGAAGAAAUUAAUUGUCCUACAAUUCAAGAAGUUGCAUAUAUGGCAGAUAAUGCUUAUUCAAUCGAAGAUUUUUUAAAAGCUGAAAGAUUUAUGAUUGAUGUUUUAGAAUUUGAUAUGGGUUGGCCUGGUCCAAUGUCAUUUUUGAGAAGAACUUCAAAAGCUGAUGAUUAUGAUUAUGAAACCAGAACAUUAGCAAAAUAUUUCUUAGAAAUUACAAUUAUGGAUUCAAAAUUUAUAAGUUCUCCUCCAAGUUGGUUAGCAGCUGGAUCACAUUAUUUAUCAAGAAAGUUGUUAGGUAGAGGUGAUUGGACUGAAUUACAUGUUUUUUAUUCUGGGUACACUGAAAAACAAUUACGACCUUUAGCUGAAACAUUAUUGGAAAAUUGUAGAAAUGCAGAAAUAAAUCAUAAAGCAAUAUUUGAUAAAUAUCAAGAGAGAAGAUAUAGAAAGAGUUCAUUAUUUGUACAGCAAUACUUUGAAGCACUUAAGGAGUAA